CCAGCAUGACUUCCUCGUUGCGGGCGGGGCGGUCUGCUCCCGGGCCGUCAGGUGAGUUCACAGCUAUCGACGGUGGGGCGGUGAAACUGGUGAGGGUAAACCAAAUCACUUCGUAAAUCACAUAUCGGAUCUUUGGAACGCAACACCGACUGAGGCAAGGUUUUUUGUUAGAAGAGCUGCUCCCGCUGGUCCCGGGAAUGUUACGGGCGAGAACAGAGUCCUGUAGGUAACACGCUGUCAGGUCGGAGCGUGGGGUGGAGAGGAGAUGGUCACGUGGGUCGCCUCCUUGCUGACAGUAUGCGCGUUGAUACAGACGCACGCCGCCGCGGGGCCGACGUCCAGUUGUCCUACCACCCCUCGCCGCCUGGUGGAUUUUAACGUCAACUACACCCUGCCCCACUUCCAAACCGCCAAUCCCAUCCAGAACAUCCAAGCCAACGCGUACCUGCGCGAGGUGUACAUCGCCUCCCAGAACGCCAUCGAGGCAGUGGACAGAGACCUGAAACGGAUAUGGGAGGUGCGUACCGGCCCAGUGGGCCCCGACGACUGUCACACGUGCGGCCCCUGCGACGCUGCCACGACGCCGCCCGCGACCCCCGUGGAUACGGACAACAAGGUCCUCCUCUUAGACCCGGCGGGCAACCUCCUGCCCUACCUGUACUACUGCGGCAGCACGCGGCAGGGGGUGUGCGCCUUCCUGGACAUCAGCGAGCUGAGCCCCGUGUCCCACUGCCUGUUCAAGGAGCAGGACAACACAGAGACUUACUGCCCCGACUGCUUGGCCAGCCCACUGGGCACGCGGGUCAGCGCGGUGGAGCAGGGCCACACCACCCUCUUCUUCGUGGCCAACUCCGUGGACGCGGAGCUGGUGAGCCGCUGGCCCCGUAGGUCGCUGUCGGUGCUGCGGCCGCUGUCCACCGAGGACGGCUUCCACCUGGCGAUGCAGGGGCUGACGGUGCUGCCCCCGCUGCGGGCGUCCUACCGCGUCGACUACGUCUACACCUUCGCCACCGCGGAGCACGUGUACUUCCUGUCGGUGCAGCGGGAGAACCCGGAGAAGAGCGGCUCCCCGCUGCAGACGCGGCUGGGCCGGCUGCCCCUGAUGAACUCGGAGGCCUGGAUGUACCGGGAGGUGGUGCUGGAGUGCCGCUUCGACCCCAAGCGGCGGCGGCGGCGGAAGAGGCGCGGCGGGGAGGAGCAGCAGCACCGGGUGGUGUUCAACGGGCUGCAGGCGGCGCACUACGGCCCCGUGGGCCGGGAGCUGGCCUCCCAGCUGGGGCUGAACCCCAAGGGGAGCCCCGACGAGAAGCUCCUGUACGGGGCGUUCGCCGGGGUGGACGAGCGCGGCGUGCCCCAGAGGAACUCGGCCUUCUGCAUCUUCGCCCUGGCCAAGGUGAACCAGGCCAUCGACCGGGGCGUGGCCGCCUGCUGCUCCAAGGGGACCGAGCAGCUCUCCAGGGGCCUGUGUCACUUCCAGCCCUGCGAGAACUGCCCGCACGAGAGCACUCAAAACGACGACUCGUGCCGUAACAAGCCCACCCUGGUGUCCGCUCCGUACUACAGACUGGACCUGUUCAACAGACAGAUGCACGACGUGCUCUUCACCACGGUCUUGGUCACCACCAAGGGCAACGACACCCUGGGUCAUUUCGGCACCUCGGACGGAAGGAUCCUGCAGGUCGUCCUGAAGCUGGACUCUGUGUUCUUUGCCAACUUUUCCCUGGGAGGAACCCCCGUAUCGGGCGUAUCGUCUGUUUACACCGAGGACUUACUGCUCUUUGUUGCCGGGAAUAAGGUGUUCACCGUGUCCCCUGUGGGCCCCGGCUGUGCCCACUUUGUCUCCUGCUCCUCCUGCCUGACCGCCCCACUCUUCAUGGGCUGUGGUUGGUGUUCGGGGUCCUGCUCCAGGGAAGAUGAAUGCUCCUCCCCGUGGCACCGGACGUCCUGCGCUCCUGUUAUCACAGAGUUUUUUCCCAAGACGGCACCAACUGGGGCUGAGUCAGAGCUGACGUUGUGUGGCUGGGAUUUUCAGUCCCCCAAAGGACCAUCUGCCAUCACCGACAAAACCCACACAGUCCGAGUUGGCUCUGAGACCCUGUGUACCGUACAGGCCAAGAGCACCAGCACAAAGUUGGUGUGCAAGGUCCGCCACAAGAAAGGCACCCCGACCAAGGCUCUCAAUGUCACCUUGGAAGUGCAGGAAGCAACGGUGGGGGGCUGCUAUUCCAUCCAUGGCCAAGCGCAGGCAUCAGGAUUCUCCUUUGUGGUGCCCAUUAUAACGGAGGUCAGGCCCGCCCGCGGCCCUAAGAUCGGAGGAACCAUGAUCACCCUGACCGGGAGCCAUCUCAACUCAGGGAUUGGAAGAACUGUAGACUUCGGUGGAAUCAGCUGCCCGAUUCAAAGUGUGACUGAAGGGAGUGGGAGCGUGUCUUCGGUGGUGUGCAUCUCCAAGGCGUCCACAGCGGUGCAAGACGUUCCCGUCCGGUUCUUCAUCGACAGCUUCCUCGUGCCAACCCAGAAGAAGUUUUCUUACCGGCGCGACCCCGUUAUAACCAACGUGUAUCCCCAAUGCAGCUACAGAAGCGGCUCCAUGCUGAGGGUGGAAGGCCUCUACUUUGACUCUGUGCAGAACAAGGUGGUCCAGUACAAACCCAAAAACUCACCCCAGGAAACGUACCGACUGGUGUGCGAGGGUAAAAUGAACGCCACGCACAUGGAGUGCAGGGCGCCCGCCCUGCCGGGAGAGCACUCGGACGAUAAGACGGAGAACGGGGAGAUUUCCUUUGACAUGGACGGAGCCCGGCUAAUUUUGAACGAGACGUUCGACUACCACCCGGACGCCGCCCCCAUCCCCUUUGAGAACGAGGAGCGCGUCCUGUACCUGAGCCAGGGAAAUGAUGAAGUCUCAAUGCACCACAUCAAUCUGAAUGCAGUGGAUCAGUGUAUGAAUAUCACCAUGACCAUCGGAGGCGUGCACUGCAACGUCCGGGUCUUGACCAAUGAGCUCACUUGCAGAAUCCCAAAAGGCCUCGUCAUACCCGCUGAAGGAUUACCUGUCCAGGUGUGCGUGAACGGGAAGGUGACGGAUAUCGGCAAUGUGGUCUUUAUGGACAACCACAGCCGCACCAUCAUCGCUAGCAUCGUCAUGGGCAUCCUGGCUGCCAUUGUCCUGGGGGCUGCCCUGGCUUUGUUUGGGAUGACCCGUUUGAGGAAGACGAAACAAGACAAGGUAGAGUUCCGUCUGUCGCGGAUGUCUUCCCGCAUUCACACGGGCAACAGGGAAACCUCACCUACCGGAGACUACCGCAGAAAUCUGUCAAUUCAGACAUCGGGUCAAGGGGGGUUGUUCUUCCAGGGUCCCUGGUACGCUUCUGGCUACGACCCGUCUGUGUCCCUCUCCUUAAUACAACAGCCAACGCUGUCUAUGGGCAGCCUCCGCUCUGACCUCCUGGAAGAGGUCAAGGAUGUGCUGAUCCCUGCAGAGAUGCUGCGGGUGGUGGAAAGCCAGAUUAUCGGCAAAGGUCACUUUGGCACAGUAUACCAUGGCUAUCUGAUUGACCACAAGGACCAAGAGAUUCACUGUGCUGUCAAAUCACUGAACAGGAUCAGUGAUGUCGAGGAGGUGGACCUGUUCCUGAGGGAGGGCAUCAUCAUGAAGGGCUUCCACCACACCAACAUCCUCUCCCUGCUGGGCAUCAUGCUGCCCAAGGAAGGGCUCCCCCUGGUGGUUCUGCCCUACAUGAAGCACGGAGACUUGAGACACUUCAUCCGGUCUGAGAAGAGAAACCCGACCGUGAAGGACCUGGUUGGGUUUGGCCUGCAGGUCGCUAAGGGAAUGGAGUACCUGUCGCAAAAGAAGUUUGUCCACAGGGACCUGGCUGCACGUAACUGCAUGCUGGAUGAAAACUUCACAGUUAAAGUGGCGGACUUUGGCAUGGCCAGGGAUAUAUUUGACAAGGAAUACUACAGCAUACAAGACCAUAAGAAGGCCAAGCUUCCAGUCAAGUGGAUGGCCAUCGAGAGCUUACAAACACAAAAGUUCACCACCAAGUCAGAUGUGUGGUCCUUCGGAGUCCUGCUGUGGGAGCUGCUGACCAGGGGAGCCACACCCUACCCGGACGUGGACCCCUAUGACAUCACGCAUUACUUGCUGAAGGGCCGGAGGCUGGCCCAGCCCCAGUUCUGUCCAGACGCCCUGUUCUCCAUCAUGGUAGCGUGCUGGGAGCCCGAGCCGGAGUCCAGGCCCCCCUUCCAGGCCCUGGUGCAGAUCGUGCAGGAGAUCAUGGAGUGCCUGGAGGGAGAACACUACAUCAGCCUGAAGGUGACCUACGUGAACCUGGACGCGCCCAAGCCCUACCCCACCCGGGCGGACUCGGCGGAUGAGGCUGAGGAUUCGGACUCCGGGUCGGAACAGGACUUAUUUUUAACCGAGGGGCCGGUCUGAGGGCCCCCCUUCACAUGACUGAGGACAGACAGACAGAAGAGAAGGAUAGAGCUGUGACUGGACAGCUGUGUCAACAGCCAGAGUCCACCAAAAAUGUCUCCGGUCCCCACUCUGAGGGGAAUGAUGGAACUGCCAGUGGAGCGGAGCAGACAGCGGCCCUGUGAAUGAUGGAACCCCCAGUUCACUGGGCCAGAAACUGGUGGUGUGUUGUGCCUCAUCAUAAUGGGCUACCAUUUUCACUUUUCUGUCCUUUCCCUGUAGCCUGACGCUGUUGGCGGGUUUUUUUUUGUCACAAUCGCAGCUCAAUUGUAAAUACGAUUUUUUUGUAAAUUUUUAUAUUUGUCUUUUUUUGCAAUGAAAUGAUUUAAUAUAAUUCAGGGUUGCUUGAAAUUAUACUUGAUAUUCAAUCUGUGUGUGUGUGUGUGUGUGUGUGUGUGUGUGUGUGUGUGUGUGUGUGUGUGUGUGUGUGUGUGUGUGUGUGUGUGUGUGUGAGAGAGAGUGUGACAAGUUGUUCAGUCGACGCAUUAGUCAGUGCCAGAGUGCGGCAGACUGUUACGCACACUACACACUACUUUUUAUCUUACUUCAUUCUGACUCAAUCCAAAGGAAAUUGGAUGUGUGGUUUAAACCAUAGAGACGAAUAGAGAAGAUGGAGACGAAUCAACAGCGUUAACAUUUAUUUUUCUACCGUGUAAAUCUUUUGUGUAUAGCGGCUGUGCGUAAUCCCAUGACUGUCCCCUCGUCGCCACUAGAGGGCAGUCUAAACACUGAACAGGAACGAUUGCAGCAACAACAGUGUGCUGCACCAGAUCCAACGACGACCGCACAUACAUCUUUCACACCAACAACGGAAAUCAAUUCCUCAAAUCAGAUUCGGAGCUGUCACACCGCUGAGCAACCACACUGAACCAAAUCGUAAGCCGUGUCAUAAAAUCUAUGGCAUACAAAUAACAGGAUGUGAUUCAUAGUUUGCCUGUCGUGCCCUGGUAGUUAAAUGUUGAUUAAAAUGAAUAAAAUGAGCGUCUUCUGCAGUCAGAUAACAUGGCUUGCUGCAGAAGGGGGUUUGGCUGAA